CUCAUAGUCAUAUUUAUAGUUUAAAAAUCAAAGUUCCGACUUAAUUUUUGAAUUGUUAAUCUUUAUAAAUAGUGUUAGUGAUUCUAACGUAUCAUAACAUGGCUUAAAAUGUGGUAGUGUAUACUGAGUGAACUGUAAACGACAAAACAACCGAACGAUGUAUAAUAAUACAUUCUGAUUAAUAACCACAAAUGUUAAAUUAUUCGUCAAGCUCUCAUGGCCUCAGUUUUUGAUAUGAAUAUAUGAUGGGCCAUGCAAGAAUCAAGCUCCCACAUUUGCUUAGCUUUAAAUGGGCCUGUAUAAGAAAAGCUUUUGUUUUAAACAUUUUUCGCAGAGGUAAAAAGCUUAUCUUGACGAAAGAAACAUUUUGCGCCAAAAAAAUGUUUCCUUCGCUUGCGUUAGCGACGGCACCAAUGGCCUUGACGAUAAUCUCUGCAAGGAGACGGUCCCAAGUCACGCAACUUUACGCAAAGAAAACCAAACCGGAGAAGAAGCGGGCAACGACAACGUCGACGAGCGGUUUCUCGGGAAGAACAUCGAAGGAGCUGACGUGGCAGUGCAUAGAAGGCUGUGGAGCUUGCUGUAAGCUUGCGAAGGACUUCGCUUUCGCCACACCUGACGAAAUCUUCGACGACCCUGAUGACGUUGAGCUGUAUCGAAGUAUGAUUGGUGAUGAUGGAUGGUGCAUAAACUACGACAAAGCUACACGCAAAUGCUCCAUUUAUGCUGAUCGUCCAUAUUUCUGCCGGGUUGAGCCAGAGGUUUUCAAGACUCUGUAUGGGAUCGAAGAAAAGAAAUUCAACAAGGAAGCUUGCAGGUAUCAUCAGUGUUCCUCUUUGGUUGGUCUUUAUCAUUUUCCCUUGCAAGAAGCCUCUUUCACAAGCUGCUGCAUUGAUACCAUUAAGACGAUUCAUGGCCCAGAUUCCAAAGAACUAGAUAAUUUCAACCGUGCUAUCAGAAGUAGUCCAAGCUCGAGUUAGCAGCCUGAUUAACUCUAAGGAAACAGAUAAAUCAAAGGUUAUUACUCACCGGAGUCAAGUUUGGCACAACCAUGGCAGACAAAAGUAGCAUUAAUCUCUUUUUCCUUAAAGUGCAUAUAGAUUUGGCUAGCAGAGAAAUCAGAUGGACAAAGCUCCCAUUCAUCAAACUCUUUGUCUGAUAUCAGACUGCCUUGUUCAUAGAUUCCGCAUCUCUUACAUUUCUCGCCACUGAUCUCUGUCAUAGGCUGUGUAAUAAGCAAAUAGAGAAAAGAGACAUCUAAGUUAUUACAAUCUUUGACUCUUAUUAAUUGAUGUUAGUAAUAUAAACAUAUGUAAAAGCAAAA